AUGAACAAAAAUUUUAACACGGUCGGGAAAUAUGAUGAGAAAUUUGUUGAAGACUGACUAGAUGAUAUCCGCAAUGGAGGAAUAGAAGAGAUAGUAUGCUCCUCACGUGAAAUCAUUAAUGACAACCUCUAAACAACAAUGCAAUAGAAGGACUCCAAGAUAAGAUUCAGAAAAGAAUUGCCAACGUAGAUCAAAAGAUUCAAGUACUAUGCAAAGAAAAAGCUUCAGAUCACUUCUUAAAGUCAAUGGAAGUUUUUGAGGCACUGAAAUAACAAUAUUUUCAGAUUGAGAGAAUCAGUCACCCAAUUGGAUUUCUCCUUGCUAAAGGUAGACGAGGGAAUUUCCAAGAAUAGUGAGGAUAUCUUAACCCUAAAAACAAAGUUUAAAAAUGCCCUUGGGACGAUGCACAAACUCAAACUCGUCAAAGAAUGCUUUAGCAUUUUGGAAAAAUUGGAAAAGUUUGUUGAAAUGGGCAACAUUUAUCAAGGAUAUGAGCUACUUUUUAAACUUAAAGCUAUCCUUGACGAAAAGCUCUCAGAAUAUAUUCCUGCAGAUAUGGAUGAAUUCUUUAGGUCCAAGAUUAGAACACUUGAAAUUUUGAUUAAAAAUUCACUAGAUUCGCAACUGAUGGACUGGAUUGAAGAUUUACAGAAUGAACAAGAGCGGAUAGGAAGCCAUAUGAAAGGAAUGGCAGAGUCGAAAUUAGCUCAACCUUCUAAAAAGGAGAAAAAGAUUGACAUUAACAAUACCUUCAGAGAUACAUAUAAAGUUGGCUUUACAACUCUACUAACAAAGAAAACAAGCAGCUAUGACAGUGAAUCAUCAGAAAAUUUUGUAAACAAGACACUUCGUGACAUGAGAGGGAACACUAGAGGCUCAAUAUAUUUCUCCGACAAGUAGA